UCUUACACUCAGGAUCCAUCUGACACCAUGUGGACCCAAGUCAGUGCUCUGCUGCUGCUGCUUGCCUGCUGCCUUUGGUCAGCAGAUGCUCAAAGCGAGAGGAGACAAAGCAUCUGGGAUGAGCCCAUUAAAUUCAGCACCAAGGCCAAGGACAUGUGCACCAUGAUCAUCACCGGCCACGGCGAAUACACCAAGCUGAGGCUAUCAUGCCAGAGCAACAAGCGCUCCUACUGGUGCGAGUACAUCGGCAAGCCUUACACCUGCCGCCCCUACAACAGAGACCCCCGUCACUACUUCGUCCAGAUGAUGUGGGGCCUCAGAAAGCUCCACAAUGCCUGCCAGGCACCGAGGGAGAUCAAACCUUUCAUGUGCAGGAAGGCAAGUGAUGACUCUCAAAUGGUCUUCUCAUCUGGUUCAUUUCCUCGGUCAUCGCCAGAGGCUUCUUCAAGGACAGCAGGAAGACAAGCAGAACAGCCUGCCAGACCUCAACCUCGUCGUGAGCCAGCAAGGCCAGUCCCACCACGUGUCAGGACCACUCCGAGAGCCAGUCCACAACCAGUGACACCACCUGUGGAGAGCGAUGCUAAGAGGAUGGCUCAACAGUACUGCUGGACGUCACUUCAAGGCAUCUGCUCCUACUUCAUUGGUUUGAUUCGGAAAUAACGAGGGAGGAGAUUUACAAUUCUGAUGAAGACAACUUCUAAUGUCUGAUUAAAGUGGCCCUUGGAGGGAAAUCCCAGACCAGCAGUUUGUACAUCGUGAUAGAAGAACUGUAGUGCUCUCUUCCGGGGGAGAAAUGGUACUGCUGUGACGUCCAAAGCAGGAUUUCUCUGUGAUCAUCUUCCAAACAUCACAUCUGGGAAAAAAACUCUACUACCUGUCUUAUCUGAGGUGGUUUACAAAGUAGACUAUAAAACCCAUGUAUGAAACAGUACGAGUACAGAAUGUUUCUGCAGCUGCACACACCUUCACAACAACAUACAGGCCUGGAACAAGAGAGGCAGACAACUCAUAUGUGUCACUUUUUAUAUUUAUGUUUGUUUACUUAUGCAUAUGAUCUACUUACAUUACUUAAUAUUACCUUGAAUAAUACGUUGUUGGGAGAGUCAUAAGUUUUUACUUUGGCCUGAUGAUUUCUGUACUGAUGUAUUUGACAGAAAUAUAAUGAAUGUAAAAAUGAUUUUCUUAAAUAAACAAUAUUCUCAAUAA